AUGGGUCCCUCUGUGUACGAGUUGGUCAUCAUCGGUCCGGGCUAUGCCCAAUCAAUCUGCGUACAUCCCCAGGAAAGUCUGGCCAAAGUGAAGGGAGUUCCAACCGACGAUGGACCGAUGCCGUUCAUGCAGAUCCAGUACACGGAACAGUUCACGCUUAGCUCGAAGCUAGUUGAUGCAAUCGAACACAUCCAAGGAAACGUGGCUCCUCUCAACUUGGUCACUUACAAAAGCUACGAUGGCCAGUUCUUGGGCUGA